CGACCUGAUCGCCUGUUCCAGUAGAGGCGAAGCUUUACGUCCUUCCUUAGGCAGCACCUCCGUGCAUCACGCUGCAUAGUCGUUCCUCCUCUCAAUCUUAAAAAGGAGAUCCAUUUCGUCAUAAAGCCAGCGAAUUGGGAAGUGCGUUAUCGGCAGUUGUGAUCGGUAGCCCGAAAAUGGCUUCCAGCGUGCGAAUUUCGUUACUAAUCGUCGUCCUUGUCAGCGUAACGGGGGUUUUCGCCAGCGUCAAGCCUCUCCGUGGCGUCCCCCCUCAAGAUAAGGCACUGUUCUCUGGCGACGUGAUUUCGUGCCGGGAUGGUUCCAGGAAGGUUCACAUUUCGCGAGUCAACGACGACUUCUGUGACUGCCCUGACGGCACGGACGAGCCAGGCACUUCGGCGUGCCCCAACGCCUCCUUCUUCUGUCGCAACCGAGGGCACAAUCCCCUCCGCAUCUUCUCGUCACGCGUAAAUGACGGCAUCUGCGAUUGCUGCGAUGGUAGUGACGAGUACGAUGGAAGCGUUGUUUGCCCCAACACGUGUGCGCAGGCCGGGGCGGCGAGGCGGCAACAGCUGGCAGCUGACGUGGCGAAGUACAAGGAGGGGGUGAGGCAGAGGCAGAGGGCGAUCGAGGAGUGGCGAGAGAAGAAGGGGCGGAUGCAGGAGGAGAGGGGGCGGCUGGAGGAGGAAGAGAGGCAGCUGCAGGAGAAGGAGAAGGCGCUCAAAGAGAGGAAGGAGGCUCUGGAGAAGAUAGAGGAGGAGGAGAAGGAGAAGCAGAGGAAGAUAGAGGAGGAAGAGGCGGCUAGAAGGAAGGCAGAGGAGGAGAAGCUGCAGCCACCACCUGCCGAACCUACCGAACCUGCCACCGAACCUGCUGCCACUGAAGCUGCUUCUACCGAACCUGAUGCUGUCGAGCCUGACACUGCCGAGCCUGCAGCAACUGAGCCUGCUGCGGCCGAGCCUGAGUCUGCGUCUGCCACAGGGAAGGCAGUGUUGGGGGAGCCGCUUAGUGCUUCUGAUGCUGCUGCUGAUGCCGCUGCCAAUGCUGCUGCCGAUGCUGCUACUGAUGCUGCUGCUGAUGCUGGUGCUGUUUUCGAUGCGACUACUGCUGCUGAUGACAACGACGAUGAGAACGACGAGGACCUAUCGGGACUAUCGAAGGAGGAGCUGGGGAGGCGGAUUGCCUCCCGAUGGGCGCAUGGGGAGGACGGACCCGGGGGGGGCGGAGGACUAUGACGACGUGGAGCAUGAUAAUCAUGACGAUCAUGAGGUUGACCAUGAUGAUAAUGGUGAUGAUGGUGGUGAUGGGCAUGAUGCCGUCGAUGAUGAUGCGCUGGAGGACAACGAGGACUUUCCCUCCCAUGACGAGCAGGAGGACGAUCCUUGGCGCGAUGCAUCAGCGCCCUCUGCCUCCUCGCCCCCAUCCUUCUGGGACAAGGCGAAGCAGGUGUGGUCGCGAGUCUCCUCCCUCGUCUCCACCAAACCAGCACUGUCGAUCAAUGAAACGGACCUGCUUGCAGUGCGUUCAGAGUACAACAGGGUGUCAUCGCAGCUCAGCAAGACGAGUGGGCGGCUUCGCACAGUCAAGGACAAGCUCGAGAAGGAUCUGGGCCCUAACGGCGAGUUCGCUUCAUUCACAGACCACUGCUUCUCCUUCAAAGUCAACCAGUAAGAUG